CUCUCCUAUUAUGUAAUACACUAUCCGCUAUCGGAGAAUCCUGUCGGCAAUGACCUACCACGAGCAAUCUGUGUAAGCAAUCACUCAAUGGAUGAACUGAAUUCCAGACAGGCCACACCAGCGGAGGUGAUCGCGGCGAGCAUCACCGAGUUAAUCUACGAUCCAGACUCCGGCAUCACAUUCGACUCGUGGUUCACCAGGUGGGAAGACAUUUUCCGAGUUGAAUUCGCCAAUGAACCGGACGACUGGAAGGUCCGCCUGCUCAUCCGUAAACUGGGUGCCAAAGAACAUGAGCACUUUCUGUUUGACGAGACGGUCAAACAACUAUCAGACACUUUUGGCGAGAAGGUAACCCUGUUCAAUAUCCGUUACCAAUGUAUGAAGCUGGUGAAAAAAGACGUUGACGACUUCCAAAUGUACGCCAGCCUUGUCAAUCGGGAGUUUGAGCGGUUCAAACUGCGCUCCAUGACUGACCAAUUCAAAUGCCUCAUAUUCGUGUGUGGGCUCCAGUCACCCAGAGAUGCCGAAAUCGGAACCCGACUCAUGAACACUAUCGAACAGGAUCCCAACGCCAAUCUGCGAACGCUGACAGAUUCCGAGCGCAUUGCCAGAAAUGUACACACGGUAUCUUUCAGCAAGCCCNCAAUGCCGACAACAAACGUAAACCACCCACACUGUCACUUUUGCGGCUCGUGCAGCCUACUUGCCACGUUCAAAGCAGACGCAGCCUCCCAUCGUCGAUUUGUGUCUGUGCACAUCAACAACCAUCCAGUCCGCCUCCAAAUCGACACGGCGUCCGACAUAACCAUCAUCUCUCAUCGUCUAUGGCAGUCUUUGGGUCGUCCUACUCUCCAUCCGACAACCAGUGCCUGCGGUGGAUCCCUGAAGCUACUCGGUAGAGUAGCCUGCACCGUCAAUUUCAAUGACAAAUCUAUCGUCGGAGACUGCUUUGUGACACAAACCCACCUCAAACUAAUCGGCAUUGAUUGGCUGGAAUCAUUGGGGCUACUGGGCGUGCCCAUCAAUUGUGUGUGCAACUCCGUUUCGGAGAGCACCGAAAUGUCACGCCACGUUGCCACACAUUUUGCUGAUGUGUUCGAAGAGGCCCUUAGCCUCUGCAAUUGUGCCCAGGCACAAUGUCAAGGCAAUAACUCCACAUAUUCCCGUUUUCCGUUUGCCCUCCUCUGCCCCGACAUGACUGCCCGCAAAACAAUUUCUCGUNCCUGCCGCACUAUCUACACUCCGAUAAAGGAGCCUCCUCUGUGUCACAGGAAUUGA